GUGUAGAUUGUUUUGUAGCUAUUGCUACAUACAGAACUAUUUGAAGCACGCUAGUAAUCAACUCACGACAUUAAUAACGCUAUAAUAUAACGCUAUAAUAUUCUAGUUCUACAAUUGAAAUGUUAAUGGUAUUUCAUUAAUAAACAUUGGUUCCCAUAAAUGUUUACACCGGAACACAUAAGAAGGACACAGUCAAGAUGACAUCUGAAGAGGAAUGUGUGAAUGUCAAUACUCCUGUUGCCACUAACAGUGUGGACGAUGCUAAAUUACAGAUGCUGAAAGGUGGUGCUUUUCUUACAACAGUAGCCACUGCAGGCAUGAUAACUGGAUUUGGGUCCACACUUGCUUUGGCUAAGAAGAGGAGCCCUGAAUGGUUUAACAAGGGUGUACUGGGGACAGCAGCAGUCCCAGAGAGUGGAGCAUCACUAGCCCUGCGUGCGCUGGGAUGGGGUUCCCUUUAUGCCUGGUGUGGUGUUGGCCUCCUUACCUUUGCUGUGUGGAAGGCUCUGGGUGUUCAUAGUUUGGUAGAAUUUCGACAAAAAAUACAGUCGACUUUCCCUGCCAUCCCAAAAAAUGAAGCGAUACAACAAAAUGGAAUACCUUUUGACUGGGACUCUAUCUUCAAGACAAAAUAAUCACUGUUGUUCAGAGACUUUUUAACAGGAUAUUAAAAUUUUGCUCACUGGACAGUCAACAUGCCCUGAAGCAGCACCGGGCCAAGAUGAGAAUAAAUGAGGAUUAUUUGCAGUUCUUCUCAUCACAAACUGAUCAGAUAUGAUCAUCAUUGUCAUCUCCUAAAGUCUCCACAGUAGCCUUGUUAGGAUUUGAGUUAAGAUCCUUAAUCUGGAGCUAAGAGUGUGUGUGAGUGAGUGAGUGAGUGAGUGAGUGAGUGAGUGAGUGAGUGAGUGAGUGAGUGAGAGAG